CCCAGCACCGAGGCAGCAUAUGUCACAGAGGACCAGCGUCCCACACUCCUCCCGCAUAGCCUGCGUCCUCCAUUGCCACCUCCUGGUCUCCAGUCAGACGUGUGCCCCAGCUCCUAUUGGCAGCAGUAGAAGCUAGCUAAAUCUCGAGUUUUUCUUCGUUUCGUUUCGGGGUCCGCUCGAGCUUCCUUGAGCAGCUUCCGUUUUUGGUUAUCGGCUUCCUUUGGUCUCGGAUCCACCCUCCCCGAUAAAAGGGAGGCGGAGAGGAAGGAAGGAACAGCGGCGAGGAAGAAAGCAAGGGAGCGAGCAAUGGGGGUCAAGGGAUUCGUCGAGGGCGGCAUCGCCUCCAUCGUGGCCGGCUGCUCCACGCACCCGCUCGACCUCAUCAAGGUCCGCAUGCAGCUGCAGGGGGAGGCGGCGGCCGCGGCGGCGCCGCAGCCGGCGAUGCGCCCGGCGCUCGCGGUCCCCGCGGGCGGCCAGACCGUGGCGCUCCCGCAAGAAGUCCCGGUGCCGCCGCCGAGGAAGCCCGGCCCGCUCGCCGUCGGCGCGCAGAUCCUGCGCUCCGAGGGCGCCGCGGGGCUCUUCUCCGGGGUGUCCGCCACCAUGCUUCGCCAGACGCUCUACUCCACCACGCGGAUGGGGCUCUACGACAUCCUCAAGACCAAGUGGACCCAGGAGAACGGCGGCGUGCUGCCGCUGCACCGCAAGAUCGCGGCGGGGCUCAUCGCGGGCGGCGUCGGCGCGGCCGUGGGCAACCCGGCCGACGUGGCCAUGGUGCGGAUGCAGGCGGACGGGCGCCUGCCCCUCGCCGAGCGCCGCAACUAUCGCAGCGUCGGGGACGCCAUCGGCCGGAUGGCGCGCGACGAGGGCGUCCGCAGCCUCUGGCGCGGCUCGUCGCUCACGGUGAACCGCGCCAUGAUCGUCACGGCGUCGCAGCUGGCCACCUACGACCAGGCCAAGGAGGCCAUCCUCGCGCGCCGGGGCGCCGGCGCCGACGGCCUCGCCACGCACGUCGCCGCCAGCUUCACCGCCGGCCUCGUAGCCGCCGCGGCCUCCAACCCCGUCGACGUGGUCAAGACGCGGAUGAUGAACAUGAAGGUGGCGCCCGGCGCACCCCCGCCGUACGCCGGCGCCGUGGACUGCGCGCUCAAGACCGUGCGGUCCGAGGGGCCCAUGGCUCUGUACAAGGGGUUCAUCCCCACCGUGAUGCGCCAGGGCCCCUUCACCGUGGUGCUCUUCGUCACGCUCGAGCAGGUGCGCAAGGUCUUCAAGGGCGUCGAGUUCUGAGGCCGCCGGCCACCACGACGAAGAUGAUGACGACAACCGCCACCACCGCCGUGUUACCGGCCUACCACCGCGUCGGCUGCUACGAGUAAUCGCUCGCUGCCACCCGGCAUAGCUUGCAUCCCGUGUCAGCCUAGCGAUAAUCCCUUCCUGCAUCCUAUUGUCUGGGGAUGGAAAUAGGGAAUAUGGAAUUGAGUACAUGACCAGAAGUUCAAUGGAAAUUUCAGAUAUUUUAUUAAAAA